CAAAGCCCCAGAGGGCAGGGGAUUGGGAGAUACUGGCCUGACCUUCCAGAUGCUGUCUCAGGAGCUGAUUUGGGCAUUGGAAGCUGCAGGAGGGGCAGGUUGGAGCCAGCAUGACAUGAGGUGGUUGGCAGCUCCCGAAUGAUUCUUUGGUGAAGAGCCUCAUCGCAGCCUCUGGGCAGACUGCCAUGCACACUCGUCUCUUACUGAGUCACUGUUGCUUGUGGGCCCAGCACGGACCACUGGGCUCAGUGCCUAGUCCUGCAGCCUCUCUCUCUGUUUCAAGAGCCCCUCCCUCUUUGGCUCUGAUUGUGACACACAACCUUGUGCGUGGACAUCCUGUCCAUGGGAGCACAAGCUUCCUGGAUCCAUUGGGCCGGUCUGGGGCCCGGAGGGUCGUACGAGUGUGGAAUAUGUGGGAAGAAAUACAAGUACUACAACUGUUUCCAGACCCACGUGCGAGCCCAUCGAGACACUGAAGCGGCCUCAGGCGAAGGAGCAUCCCAAGGCAACAAUUUCAGGUACACGUGUGACAUCUGUGGGAAGAAGUAUAAAUAUUACAGCUGCUUCCAGGAGCACCGAGACCUACACGCUGUAGAUGUGUUUAGUGUCGAAGGGGCUCCGGAGAACCGGACAGACCCCUUUGAGCAGUCCGCCUCAGCCACCGCUGCUGAAGAGGUGAAAGAGGAACCCCCGGAACCGUUCCAGAAAAUCGGGCCAAAGACAGGCAACUACACCUGUGAGUUCUGUGGCAAGCAGUACAAGUAUUACACUCCCUACCAGGAGCAUGUGGCCCUGCACGCGCCAAUCAGUCACGCCGCUGGGUGGGAGUUAUCUGAUGAGCCCGACACUAGUUCUGAGUGUUCACAUCCAGAGCUGUCUCGAUCUCCACUCUUCGUGGCCGUGAAGACACAGGCGAACCAAUCCAGCAAAAAAUCUCCAGCCUCCAUAAUACGAUGUUCCACCCUCCUGCACAGCGCCCCCUCUGGUGCCCCUCCGGCAUCCCAAACCCAGAUGUUCCGCGCUCCAAAUUCCGGAUCCCCUGGAAGCAAGGCAACCACAGCAGAAAGUGCUUUCAGCAAGAGGGUGGAAGGCAAAGCGCAAAACAACUUUGAAGAAACCAAUAGCAGUUCCCAAAACUCCAGUGAAGCCGCGAGUCCCUUGAUUUCAAACCCUUUCCCGCUUUUACAGAAACCGUAUACCUGCGGCGCCUGUGGGAUCCAGUUCCAGUUUUAUAACAAUCUUCUGGAGCACAUGCAGUCUCAUGCAGCCGACAAUGAGAACAACAUCACCUCCAACCAACCCAGGUCACCUCCAGCCGUGGCGGAAGAGAAGUGGAAGCCACAGCCCCAAAGAAACAGUGCCAACAAUACGGCAGCCAGCGCCUCCGGACCCAACAGUGCAAUCCCCGAGAAGGAACGGCAGAACAUCGCCGAGAGGCUCCUGCGGGUGAUGUGUGCCGAUCUGGGAACCCUGGGCGUGGUGAACGGGAAGGAAUUCAUCAAGCUCGCCCAGACCCUGGUGGACAGCGGUGCCCGCUAUGGGGCCUUCUCUGUGCCCGAAAUCCUGGGCAACUUUAACUCCCUGGCGCUGAAGCAUCUGCCCCGGAUGUACAACCAGGUGAAAGUGAAAGUCACCUGUGCAUUGGGCAGCAACGCCUGCCUUGGCAUCGGUGUGACCUGCCAUUCACAGAGCAUUGGGCCGGAUUCGUGCUACAUCCUCACGGCCUACCAGGCUGAGGGCCACCACAUCAAGAGCUACGUGCUGGGUAUCAAGGGGGUGGACUUACGGGAUACCGGGGAUUUCGUCCACCAUUGGGUGCAGAACGUGCUGUCAGAGUUUGUAAUGUCCGAGAUCAGGACGGUGUAUGUGACUGACUGUCGGGUCAGCUCCUCUGCCUUCUCCAAGGCCGGCAUGUGCCUGCGCUGCUCGGCCUGUGCCCUGAACUCAGUGGUGCAGAGCGUCCUGAACAAGCGGACGCUGCAGGCUCGCAACAUGCACGAGGUCAUCGAGCUCCUGAAUGUCUGCGAGGACCUGGCCGGCUCCACAGGCCUGUCCAAGGAGACAUUCGGCUCUCUGGAGGAGACGUCCCCACCGCCCUGCUGGAACUCAGUGACUGACUCCCUCCUGCUGGUCCACGAGCGCUACGAGCAGAUCUGCGAGUUCUACAGCCGGGCCAAGAAGCUGAACCUCAUCCAGAACCUAAACAAGCACCUGCUGAGCAACCUGGCUGCCAUCCUGGCCCCCGUGAAGCAGGCCGUGAUAGAGCUGAGCAGCGAGAGCCGGCCCACCCUGCAGCUCGUGUUGCCCACCUACGUCAAGCUGGAGAAGCUCUUCACGGCCAAGGCCAAUGACGCGGGCGCCGUCAGCAAACUCUGCCACCUCUUCCUCGAAGCGCUGAAGGAGAACUUCAAGGUGCAUUCUGCCCACAAAGUGGCCAUGAUCCUGGACCCACAGCAGAAGCUACGCCCUGUCCCGCCAUACCAGCACGAGGAGAUCAUCGGCAAGGUCUGCGAACUCAUCACAGAGGUGAGCGAGUCCUGGGGCGAGGAGACAGAGUUCGAGCCCGCUGCCAAGAAGGCGCGGGCAGCAGGCGAGGGUGCCCCUGCCCUGGAGGAUGAACUGGUGGGCAAAGGUGAAGUGUAUGAUUACCUGCAGGAGCCCCUCUUUCAGGCCACCCCGGACCUCUUUCAGUACUGGUCCUGUGUCACCCAGAAGCACACCAAACUAGCGAAGCUGGCCUUCUGGCUCCUCGCGGUGCCCGCUGUGGGGGCCCGAAGCGAUUGUGUGAACAUGUGCGAGCAGGUGCUCCUGAUCAAAAGGAGACGGCUGCUCAGUCCAGAAGACAUGAACAAACUCAUGUUUUUGAAGUCCAACAUGCUUUAAGACUGGCUCUGGGUUUGAAACAAAACAAAACCAACAAACAAAAAAAACAGAACUCUGAAACACUGUUCCAAACCAAGAAAAGGAAUUUAAGUUCUAAACACUGUGGACCUCAUUAAGAAUGCCCCUGGAAACCAAGUGCUUUUUCAUAUGUACAUAUGGUUGUAUGUGUGGGUGUGUGCACAUGCGGAUGUGGGAGGGAGGGCGGGUGGAAUGCCCGCAUGCUCGUGUGCCCACAGAAUCACAUCCUGCACCUCUUCGGCAGGCAGAGCUGCGUAUUGGUCAUGUGCGCAUGCCCACGUACCUAGCCGUGGUGAGACAUGCCUGCACCUCUGCUCCCCCGCCCCUUCCCCCCCGCAAACCACACACACACACACGUGCACACACGUGCAGAUAUGUGUGCCUGUGUCAGGGCAGGGGUGUUACACUAGGUGUGCGAGGAAAGCCGAGCAUAUGAGAGAAAGGUAGUGAUGUAGCCCAGAGUCUCACUUCUGUCCUUGGUGAGUGGGCUUUGACAGACUUUCUAGGGUUUUCAGGUGCGCAGACCAAUAAGAGGCUGAUAUUCUAUGUCUUCAGGCAGCUGAGAUCUAAAGUGACUUGAAGUUUCUUUUUGUUUCCUAACCUCCCCUCCAUUUUCUCUCCCCCACUUGAGCUGUCUUGCCAUGGAUAAUUGAACCCGCAUCAAAUGGACUAUUUCUGCACUGGACUUUACUCCCGUGAAUAACUGUACACCUUACAGGGCAUUCAUCUGCAGCCUAAACGUACUCCGGGUGCGAUUUAGGGCGACUGCACUUGAAAACACAAGAAUCUCCAGCAAUCAGGAAAGGAGACUAAGAAAAUAAAACUUUAUGCUUUUUUGUA